AUGACUUCGGAGCAAACAUUCACGUUCCCUGAGUUCGAAGAUCUACCCACAGUCCCCGGCGCCCCACAAGGAUGCAUUUGGGGCAUGUAUGACCGAGAUGGGCAGAAAGACCAAGUCGGCGCGAUCAAUCUGCUGACUCCAGCGGUGGUUCGUGCUGCGAGCCUGGAGAUCAAGACCGGUAGCCAUGUGCAACUGGACUGGGCUUUGAACAACUUGGAAUUUCCAUGCUUCGGCAGAAGACCGUUUGAGCAGAAAGUUAUGGAUGGCUCCAAGACCGUGGGCGUCUAUGGAUUCGAUGACGAAAUCCACAUGAAUACCCAGAGCGGCUCGCAGUGGGACAGCUUGAAGCAUUAUGCGUAUCAGGUCGGAAGAGUCUUUUACAAUGGGUUAACCUUCGAGAAGGCACUCGUGUCCACCACCAAUGGCAUUCACAAUUGGUGCGAACGCGGCGGCAUCGUCGGUCGUGGCGUACUGAUCGACAUGGUUCGGUUUUACGAAAAGCGAGAUGGCAAGGCUCCGGAUCCAUGGAAACGAUUUGAGAUCUCGGCGGCCGAUUUAAAAGCCGCUUUGGCUGACCAAGGCACGGUACCAAAACAGGGAGAUCUGCUCUUGAUCCGAUCAGGCUAUGUUCGUCGGCACGAUCACGCCUCCUCGGAAGAACGCAAGCUGGGGACUUCUGGUACGGACACAGAGGCGAUUGGAGUGGCCAACAACGAGGAGACGGUCAAGUGGUUGUACAGCCAGCACUUUGCGGCUCACAUUGGAGACACACUCGCAUUCGAGGCCUGGCCACCACCACAUGGCGGCAAAUGGAUCAUACACGAAUGGUCCCUAGUCUGGUGGGGAGCUCCUCUCGGGGAGAUGUGGAAUCUGGAAGGUUUGGCUGCCGAAUGCGAGAUUCAACAGCGGUGGACUUUCUUCGUGACCAGUGCGCCGCUGCACGUCAAGGGAGGCGUGGGGAGUCCACCAGGAGCGAUCGCUAUCUUUUAG